UACCUGUGACAGCGUGCACUAACAAUGGAUAGGUGGUGUUUACCUCGGGAUGUCAAACGGAUUAAAAUAUCAAUCAUAUGCACGAAAACUUGAAAAUGGAAGUAAGCCUCGUGAUGAUUAAAUUGUGUGUGUUUGUUAAAAUAGGUAAAGAAAUGAAAUGUAUUCCAGAAACAGAAGAUACCGUUCCUCCCCUCACAGUUUACACCUGUCUUCAGAUAACAUAAAUACCUCAGGUAAACAUGUUGACACACCUCCACGUGAUAUUUAUCUGGAUCUCGUAACAUCGUCAAGACUUCUAGAUGAGCGUCUUAGCAGAAGAUUCAGUGAUCGCCAUUACCAUGGAGAUGGAUCUGCUGCAGAGAGCAGGAAUGACAGAGACUCUGACAGCAGAGGAGAUGGGGUAUCUGAGUGGGGGACCCGCAAUGCCUCCAGCUUUGAACCCCCCAGGGUCAGUACAGACAGCUACAUCCCCUAUGGAGCUCGGUCCAGACCACCAGAGAGGGGGAAAUGGUUGGCUUACGCUAAAAAUAUCAAACCACGAAAGCAACGGCAGGGAUCUAAUUUGACGAAGUCCCAGAGUAUGGACAACAUUGACAUCUGCAGCAAGUAUCCAAGAUUACAAAAUUCCAAUUUUUAUCAAAACCUCCAUAAAAAAUAUCCUCAGGCUUUCCAACGCAGACUUUCAGCUGAAGCCAAGACACGCAGACCUUCUCGGCGCUUAUUUAACUCCGGAUUACAUGUUCAGUUCCAAGAUGAUGUUUAUGACUCAGAGGACACAAGGAGUGUGUGUUCUGAGAGACCUAUGUCUGGUCUAGAGCGUGAUUUAAGUGAUUUUCUGAGCUAUGGCAAUCAUCAGUAUGAUCGUGACUGUAAAACCAGUCCAACACCAUCCAUGAUGUCAGACCGAACAGUGAAGGAACGCCUUAAUGCGACAUCCGACAGACUAUAUCACCUCUUGUACAAUGGAGUCCCUCAAAGUCACUAUAGAAACAGCUAUGACCCUGGACUGACACCAAGGUCAGAGGUCACUCCAAGGGCACGCAGGUCAAGGACUAGUAGUGUGUCAUCAGAUUUACAUGGCUUUGAUGACCUUGACCACCUGUCAUCACCAAGACACUUGGACCCAUACCACAGUAUACUAAAUGCCAGUAGACUUGCACAGGAGGAACAAAUACAAUCUCUACAGAGGGAGCUGGAACUCAAGGACAGACAACUGAGGACAUACAGACAGAAGCUUGACCUUGACACUCAGAGUAUGCACAGCAGUGGCUCCAAACAUUCUGAGGACCUUGACUCCUCAUACACACGGGUGAUCAGCCCAGACUCUCCCCCAGAUAGUGCUAUUGAUGUAGACUCAUCAUCAAUACAAUCUGUUAUCUCCAUGGAUACCAGAUAUCAUCACAACACAGACAACUCCUCAACAGAUGUCAAAUACCCUAAUGGAUCAGAUGCAUUGGAGAAAAAUGGAGAUUUGCCAAAUACUGAUGCCAAUUACUUUAUGAAUGACUUGGACAGUUUUACUCUCACUGAUGUCAUACUUGAGGUAGAUGAGGAACAUCUGGACAUCGAUACAGGUGGUACAGUGACCUCAAAUAAAGAAGAUCUUGGUGUGACAGAUGAAAUAGAAAAUGGUGGAGGGGUGACAGACAGGGUGUCACCAAUACCUACCUCCAGUUCCCCAGAGUCUGAGUCAGAGGCAAUGAUGCAAGCAAUAGUACAGCAAACAAUGUCAAGGAUACCAUCCAGUUCAUCUGUCAAAGAUCACAGUUUACCUGUCAAUGAUCACAGUUUACCUGUCAAUGAUCACAGUUUACCUGUCAAUGAUCCCAGUUCAUCUGUCAACGAUCACAGUUUACCUGUCAAUGAUCACAGUUUACCUGUCAACGAUCACAGUUUACCUGUCAAUGAUCACAGUUCAUCUGUCAACGAUCACAGUUUACCAGAAAAUGACUUUCACAGUACACCUGGCAACGACCUCCAGAAUCUGUCAAGUGAACUCUCCAUGGAAACGCCUGUUAACAUUAUGCAUAAUUCAUCUGAUGACUCACCAAGGCGUGACCUUCAGCAUUCUCACUGCCAUGACUCCACAAAUAGGGAUGCUCAGAACCAAACUUGUAGUCAUGUCCAUUUUGACGAGGAAGAAGAUGACUCUGAUCCACGUCUUGGAAUGCCAGAGGUGAAAACUUAUAACGAAACUCUGAUCCAAGAACGUUACCAUGAGAAACGCCAAAAAUUUAAGUAUCAUGCUAAACGACAUUGUAUGACUCCUCCAGAUAGUGCUCCCUUAUACAGAAAAAAAUGCCAAAGUGAUGACCAGGUGUCUGUCUUAUGUUCACCAAGACCUCCCAGUAGUUCAGGGAUCAGCAGAAACAAAAUACAAAAGUCUGGCAUGCAUCAGUCAAACCAAAGUUUAAAUGUGGUCCCUGAAAAACAGGAUUUAGGAUCACGUAGGCUGGUGUCUGAAUCGGACAUCAGAAAUGUUGGCUUAGAAAAUCCUGGAAUUUUUUUCUCAAAGUCCUCAAAUACAGGAUCAGUGUGGUCGUUUCAGUCCGACUUGUCAACUGACACUCUGGUGGCCUCUCAGCAAACCUUGACAGACCUUACAGAAUCCUACCCAAAAGUCACGUUACAUUCUCAUUCACCCAGGAAGAAAUUCCAUUUUAAGAACAUUUUCAAAGGUAAAAAAGGCCAUUACAAUCCAUCUCAGGUAGAAGCCAAUUUACCUGUGGAUUUAGAGACUAUGUUAAAACGGUCUUCUGAAUCAGAUUCAUCUCUUAACCAGGAAGCAAACGAAACUUUCUACUCUGUGCAAUAUGAAAAGUCCAAAAACCAUAGUCUUCAUGCUGAAGAUGUAGAAUCAGGUGAUCGCUCUGAUAAUGAAAGUCCUCAAAUCAAUAAUAAACAUCAAGGUGCUAGAGAUCAGAACAACGUCAAGGAAGACGACUGCCAUACUGCUGCACACUGCUCUACUGUAAAUAGUACAAGUGACUGUCUGCCAGGUCAAGCAGUGCUGGGACCACCUCCUGCCUACAGCACACAUCUGGAAGACAGCCAGCUGACCGCCUAUGAAGCUGCCCUGGUCAAUCUUGACCAGAAUGGAGUGGACAUUGAUGAGUUGAUAGAGAGUGACUUGGAUAGUGUGUUCUCAGCUAAACCUGUGGUUAUAGAUUUACGGCAGAAAAAUCAAAAUAAGACUCAGGAAAUAAGUGAGGGAAGGAGAGGUGAAGAAGGUGAGAUUGGAACAGGUGAGAUUGGAAUAGGUGAGAUAGGAAUAGGUGAGACAGGAAAAGGUGAGACAGGAACUGGUGAGACAGGAACUGGUAUGACAGGAACUGGUGAGACAGGAACUGGUGAGACUGGAACUGGUGUGACAGGAAUAGGUGAGACAGGAAUAGGUGAGACAGGAACUGGUGAGGGAACUCAGGAAGUAGAGCCUUUAGAGGUAGGAGGUGAUCACACACAGGUAAAACAACAAUCUGCUGUAGGAGAGGAGAAACAAGAUGACUCGAUAGAUUCUGAGGAUGAAGUGUUCACACAUGAUGACAUGGAGACUACAAACCAAACACUUCCAGUAAUGGUUGAUCCAGGCAAUCUCGGUCUAAGCAGGGAGGAAUUAGAGCCAACACUGGCCACACAACCUGAUGUUAAUGGGACAAAAGAGAAAACAGUGCAAUCUAAGAUUAUUAGUAACUCUCCUGUUGAUAACACCAGUGAUACGGACGAGGAUAACACCAGUGAUACGGACGAGGACAGUGAGGCGGAUACAGUCAGUGAUGGUGACAGUGGGAAGGUGGAUAUAGUGUCUGGGGUCAGUAGUAAUGUGGAUGUUUCUAGGGAUGUGGAGUACAACACAGGAGCAAGUACAAGACACAACAAACAAGGUAACUCUGACAAUUGGGUACCCAUUCCAGGAAACCAGGGGCAAGGAGAUCAGGGACCAGAUCAAAAAGACCAUGGACCAGAGCAUGAAGACCAGGGAUCAGAGCCUGAAGAACUGGAACCAGAGCAAGGAGGCCAGGGACGAGAUCAAAAAGAUCAGGGAUCAGAGCAAGGAGACCAGGGAUCAGAGCCUGAAGACCAGGGAUCAGAGCCUGAAGAACUGGAACAAGAGCAAGGAGGCCAGGGACCAGAGCAAGGAGGCCAGGGACCAAAACACGAAAACCAGGGACCAGAGCAAGGAGUCAAUACACAGGAUAUGGACCCAGCACCAGUAGAGGUUCCAUACGCCACAGUGAUUGUACACGGUGACUCCAGUGUCAGUCCAGGGACACAGGAUAACUCAGAUUCAAACAACUGUGCUGAAUUGGACCUCUGUAUCAAAACUCUGGAAACAGAAAAUACUAAAGCCAGGGGAGAUAACCAAAUAAAGCAGUUUUCCUUCGUAGCAGCAGGUAGUCACGUGGAUGAUAGUAUCACUGUGUUGGACGAAAGCACUCCCCCCGUACCAAAGAGGGCAUACCAAAGGGAGGAGAGUAACUUAGUGAGGAGUAAGGAACUGAGCGCGUCAAAACAGUCACUCAGUGACAAGGUCAGGUCAUCUGCCAAGAGCAAGUUCAAGGCCAUCCGUAAAGCAGUCAGUCUGGACAAGGGCCUGAACAAGGCAGGGGAAGACAACUCUGAUGACAUCAAAAAGGACAAAAAUAAGGAGAAGAAGAAGUCAGGCUUUAAAAUGCCCAAGAUCAAAGCUGCUCUGUUCACCAGAAAGAAGAAAUCCAAACCACCCAUGGCUCCAGUCUCUACUGCUGGAAAGGAAAGUGUUGACACCAAAACUCCACCAGAAAAAGCUAAAAAUGAUCAAGGUCAGAAACAACAAGGUCAACGAGGAGGUUAUGUGGGGAAAGUUUCCUCAUGUCAGUCCCUGGAGUCCCUGGACAGCACACCGGAUGCUGGCCUGGUGGAGAGUAAUGGCCCCCUCGGCAAGCUCCUCAAACUCAAUCAGGACGGAACACAGGUCAUCCAAAUCCACAAACCAAAACACGGGCCAGUUGGAUUCUUCAUUGCCAGGGGCAAUGCUCAGUUUAAUCAUGGAGUGUUUGUGUCACGGUUCAGCGAGGGUCCACAGGAAGCCAUGUACUCCGGUCUGUUGAGUGUAGGAGACGAGAUACUGGAGAUAAAUAAGUUUGUGCUGAGAGACCUGGCCCUUGAUGAUAUUUAUGAUAUCAUGGCUGCCAAAGAAACGCUGGUGAUGACCAUCCUACCAUUAAUGGCACGCAAAGAUGUGUGAUACACGCUUCAGUGUGGAAGCUACUGUAUCCCAUAAUCCAACAUCAAUUCCAGACCAAUCAGCAUUCCUACAGCACCUAGUACUCUGUACUACUUUUAUGUCUUACCUGAUAUUUUAUAUAUAAAUCAUUGUUUAAGGUACAUACUUUUCUUGCCAAUGACAUUUUUACUGCAUCAAGUUAAAGGUUUUAUUUACUUACCACAACGACAUUCAGAAUGUAUAGAAUUUCUAUACCAGUAUGGUAUUUUAAAUUUUACUUUAAGACAAUGUUGUACUCCAUUUAUGCUGAUUUUAUCAGAGUUUGUGUGUAUUGACCAGUGUUAGCAGGUCAGUAAGACUUUGAGGACCAGUGUUUGCAUUGAUGGUCAGUAAGACUUUGAGGACCAGUGUUUGAGGGUCAGUAAGGUUAUAAAACAGGAACAGUCAAAAUCCUCACCAAAAAUUCAUCAUUCAAAUCAAUACACAUCCUAGCUCAAUCUCUGACAUAAUUGUCAAGUUUGAAUGGAUUAAGUAAUCUAAAGAGCAUAAUGUCGCAGAAUUUAUGUAAAAGAUGUAUUGUAAAUUAGGUAUAUUAAUACACUCUUGUUUAAGGUCACUAGAACUACUACAGUGCAGUAGACUUACAACCUCUGAUGUCAGCGUAUACCUACAUGUAGUGGGCACAGACGUAUGACCUUUUGUGUUGUGUAUAUUGGGUAGAGGGAGUCUAUGACCCACGAUCUCUUGUGUUACUUUAAACUAUAGGAUAUAUUGACCUUUGCCUGCUUGUUUUACCAAAUGAUAUAGUGGUAUCAUUAUGACAUUUGACCUCUUUCAGUGGUGAAGAGGUAUUAUGACCUCUGGUGUUGCUAUAUAGCAUAGCUGUAUUACGAUCACUUACAUUGAGUUAUAUAAUGAUUUAGGACAAUAGAUGGUGACGUUCCUGUAUAGUUCUCUAUAGUAUAGUGGUACUAUGGUAUAGGACAACAGAUGGAGAUGUCCUGUAUAGUUCUCUAUAGUAUAGUGGUACUAUGGUAUAGGACAAUAGAUGGAGACAUUCCUGUAUAGUUAUCUAUAGUAUAGUGGUACUAUGGUAUAGGACUAUAGAUGGAGACAUUCCUGUAUAGUUCUCUAUAGUAUAAUGGUACUAUGGUAUAGGACAAUAGAUGGAGACGUUCCUGUAUAGUUCCCUAUAGUAUAGUGGUACUAAUUGGUAUAGGACAAAAGAUUGAGACAUUCCUGUAUAGUUAUCUAUAGUAUAGUGGUACUAUGGGAUAGGACAAUAGAUGGAGACGUUCCUGUAUAGUUAUCUAUAGUAUAGUGGUACUAUGGGAUAGGACAAUAGAUGGAGACGUUCCUGUAUAGUUAUCUAUAGUAUAGUGGUACUAUUGUAUAGGACAAUAGAUGGAGACGUUCCUGUAUAGUUCCCUAUAGUAUAGUGGUACUAUGGUAUAGGACAACAGAUGGAGACGUUCCUGUAUAGUUCUCUAUAGUAUAGUGGUCCUAUGGUAUAGGACAAUAGAUGGAGACAUUCCUGUAUACUUCUCUGUAGUAGAGUGGUACUAUGGUAUAGGACAAUAGAUGGAGACAUUCCUGUAUACUUCUCUAUAGUAGAGUGGUACUAUGGUAUAGGACAAUAGAUGGAGACGUUCCUGUAUAGUUCUCUAUAGUAUAGGUGGUACUAUGGUAAAGGACAAUAGAUAGAGACAUUCCUGUAUAGUUCUCUAUAGUAUAGUGGUACUAUGGUAUAGGACAAUAUAUGGAGAUGUUCCUAUAUAGUUCUCUAUGGUAUAGUGGUACUAUGGUAUAGGACAAUAGAUGAAGACAUUCCUGUAUAGUUCUCUAUAGUAUAGUGGUACUAUGGUAUAGUGGUACUAUGGUAUAGUGGUACUAUGGUAUAGAACAAUAGAUGGAGACGUUCCUGUAUAGUUCUCAAUAGUAUAGUGGUACUAUGGUAUAGGACAAAGAUAAAGACGUUCCUGUAGAGUUCUCUAUAGUAUAGUGGUAUUAUGGUAUAGGACAAUAGAUGGAUACGUUCCUGUACAGUUCUCUAUAGUAUAGUGGUACUCUGGUAUAGUGGUACUAUGGUAUAGAACAAUAGAUGGAGACGUUCUUGUAUAGUUCUCAAUAGUAUAGUGGUCCUAUGGUAUAGGACA